UUUUUUUGUCCAGGUCCGGAUGCAGGCGCUAAAGUGUUUCUCAGUCUUGGCCUAUGAGAACACCCAAGUCUCAAUGACACUGAUGAAUGUGCUGGUGGACGGAGAACGCCUCGCUCAGGUAUUUGUUAAAAUGAUGCAAAGGGAUCAACCCAUAGAAAUGCAGCUAACAGCAGCCAAAUGUUUAACGUACAUGUGUCGAGCAGGUGCCAUCGGAACGGACGACAACUGCAUCGUCUUAAAGGUCAAGGGCUUUUGUGCCACACGUCU